AUGGCAAAAAUGAUCAACCACACAAAAGUGACUGAGUUUCUUCUUCUGGGGUUGUCUGAUGACCCAAGUGUGCAGACCCUGGUAGCUGUCUUCUUCCUCCUGGCUUACUUGGCAGCACUGUUAGGAAAUGGACUCAUCAGCUUCCUUAUUACAUGUGACCCUCACCUCCACGCACCCAUGUACUUCUUACUCAAGAAUCUCUCCUUCAUAGAUCUCUGCUUCAUUUCUACAACUGUUCCAAACUUUGUUCUCAACUCUCUUACAGGAAGAGAUAUCAUAUCCUUUAUGGGCUGCAUUUUCCAAGUCUUUCUUUUCAUAAGCUUUGCUUCUGCUGAAAUGGCCAUCCUCACAGUGAUGUCCUAUGACCGCUAUGUGGCUAUCUGCCACCCCCUACACUAUGAGGUCAUCAUGCACAGAGCUGUCUGCGUCAAGAUGGCAGUGGCUGUAUACCUAAGUGCGGGACUUUCUGGGACAAUGCACACCAUAGCCACCUUCUCCACAGGCUUCAGCUCCAAUGAAAUUCACUGCUUCUUCUGUGACAUCCCUCAACUUCUCUUGAUCUCAGAACCCAAAGUCAACAUCACUGAGAUGUCAGUGACAGUGCUCACUGCGAGUACCUCUCUCAUCUGCUUUGUCUGCAUUUUGUAUUCCUAUGUACACAUCUUCUCUGCAGUAUUAAGGGUCUCCUCCAAGGAUGGAAGGUCCAAAGCCCUGUCCACCUGCCUCCCUCAUCUUGCUGUUGUGACUUUGUUCAUCUCCACAGGGGCUGUGGCCUACCUAAAACCAACCUCUGACCAGUUAUCCACUGCAGAUAUCAUUUUGUCUGUUUUUUACAAUGUGGUGCCCCCCUCCAUGAACCCCAUCAUCUAUAGUUUAAGAAACAAGGACCUAAAAAUGAGUCUUGGAAAAAUGCUUGGUAUCAUAGCAUUUAAGUCUACUUAA